CAUUUUAUAAUUUCUCAAUUAAAAAACAUCAGACAAGACUGUACGAAUCGAAGCACUUUUCAUAAAUUUAAAAAAUGGCUACAAUAACUACCAAUUCAAUCUCAUUCUCAAUUUUGCCCUCCGUUAAUCCUCUUUUCCCCUUCCUCUCCCUCUCUCCACUCCUCUCUUGUUUUCGCCGCCGGAAACCGCCUUCCUUCACCAUCGCCGCCGGCUCCUCCCGCCGGAAACCGCCUUUCGAGCCACCAGACUCCAAAAUGUCAGUCUCAGUUCAGAUUCCGGCAGCUUCCACCCGGCGAGAUCUCGAGACUGAACCGUUGCUAGAUUCUAGAAACCGAAAGGGGGAUCAGCCGACAACCACUGUCCAAGAAGAUUCUGUCUUGUCCAAUAAAACUGUGCCUCACAAGAACAAAUAUUCUCUUCGUUCAAUCAGUUGCUUUGGAGUGGAUCUAACCCCAGAUAACAUUGCUGUUGCUAUGGUAUAUUUUGUUCAAGGCGUCCUGGGACUUUCUAGGCUUGCUGUUAGCUUUUACUUGAAAGAUGACCUACACCUAGAUCCUGCAGAGACAGCUAUCAUAUCUGGUUUCUCAUCAUUGCCGUGGCUCGUAAAACCAUUGUAUGGGUUCAUCAGCGAUUCCUUCCCUCUCUUUGGAUAUCGGAGGAGAUCAUACUUGGUACUCUCAGGGCUCCUUGGGGCAUUCUCAUGGUUUUUGAUGGCCACCUUCGUUGAUAGCAAGUAUAGUGCUGCCUUCUCCAUACUUAUUGGUUCUCUUUCUGUCGCUUUCUCAGACGUUGUUGUAGAUUCCAUGGUUGUUGAGAGGGCACGUGGUGAGUCUCAAAGCAUGUCAGGAUCUCUUCAGUCAUUGUGCUGGGGUUCUUCGGCAUUUGGAGGAAUUGUGAGUGCCUACUUUAGUGGCUCCCUUGUGGAUGCUUACGGUGUGAGGUUUGUUUUUGGUGCAACAUCAUUACUUCCUCUCAUAACAUCUGCAGUAUCUGUACUUGUGAAAGAGCAGCCUGUACGAGGCCCAGCAAGGGGAGUUUCUUUAGGCAAUGGCUUCAUCGAGAGCUCAAAAAACAAUUUUAUGCAGUUAUGGGGAACUGUUAAGCAGCCUAGCGUUCUACUUCCCACCCUAUUUAUUUUCUUAUGGCAGGCAACACCACAGUCAGAUUCUGCUAUGUUUUACUUCACGACAAACAAACUUGGUUUCACUCCUGAAUUCCUUGGACGUGUUAAGCUUGUCACUUCAGUUGCAUCACUUAUUGGUGUGGGGCUUUAUAAUGGUUUUUUGAAGAAAGUUCCUUUAAGGAAAAUAUUCCUCGUAAUGACUCUCAUUGGUACAGCUCUUGGGAUGACCCAGGUUCUGCUGGUGACUGGAUUGAACCGGCAGUUUGGCAUUAGUGAUGAGUGGUUUGCU